CGAGGGAGAGGGGGCGGGGUAUCCAUGAGCCACGCCCCCUCGCGUCACAGGCUCACUCCACGGGUUCCCCCGCCCCCGCUCAGCCCCCAGCGCCUGCACGCGCCGGAAUUUCCAACGCUGGUGACUCGGUUCCGCGCGCUGCGGGGGCGGCGGGAGAGGCACGCGGUGUCAUCAGCCACCUCAGUGCAAUUGAUGGGACAAUGGAGCAUGCAUGGAAGAGAAGCAAUAUGCACGUCCACUGUUCCUUGCUGCCCCAUUCACAGAGAGUAUUCUCCAUGCCCCACAAGCACAGAAUACUCAUGGACCCGCACUGUGCUGGAGUUCAGUGAAACAAAGCCAGAUUGUUCCAAGGAUUACCUGAGACUGUGUCUGUGAAAGCACUCUGAAAAUGCUAAACAACUGCAUAAAUAAGGGGUGUCAUUAACAUUGUCAUUCAGUAGCUCACCUAGUUAAAACAUGGUUUCCUGAAGUUUGGGGAAGCUGAGCAAAGACUCACGUCUCCACAUUCCAAGUUCCAUGAUGGCCUUGGAGAGGGAGGGAACCAAAGGAAGAGGAAAAUGGGAAACAGUAACUAUUAAAGGAAGACAGAGGGAGAUUUGACAUACAGAAAAGAGAAGGUAAUGUGACCAUGGAGGCAGAGAUUAGAGUGAUGGGAUCACAAGCCAAGGAGUGUUGCCAGCCACUGGAAACUCAAAGAGAUUCGGAUUCUGGAUCAGACUCGGAUUCUGAUCAAGAGAAUGUUGCUUCUGGCAGUAAUGCCUCUGGAAGUGAAAGUGAGCAAGAUGAAAGAGGUGAUUCAGGAAAGCCAAGUAAUAAGGAACUGUUUGGAGAUGACAGUGAGGAUGAGGGAGCUUCACAUCACAGUGGGAGUGAUAAUCACUCUGAAAGAUCAGACAAUAGGUCAGAAGCUUCUGAGCAUUCUGACCAUGAAGACAAUGACCCCUCAGAUGUAGAUCAGCACAGUGGAUCAGAAGCUCAUAAUGAUGAUGAAGAUGAAGGUCAUAGAUCAGAUGGAGGGAGCCAUCAUUCAGAAGCAGAAGGUUCUGAAAAAGCACAUUCAGAUGAUGAAAAAUGGGACAGAGAAGAUAAAAGCGACCAGUCAGAUGAUGAAAAGAUACAAAAUUCCGAUGAUGAAGAGAGGGCACAAGGAUCUGAUGACGAUAAGCUGCAGAAUUCUGAUGAUGAUGAGAAAAUGCAAAACACAGAUGAUGAGGACAGGCCUCAGCUUUCAGAUGAUGAGAGACAACUGUCAGAAGAGGAGAAGGCUAAUUCUGAUGAUGAACGGCCAGCAGCUUCUGAUAAUGAUGAGGAGAAACAGAAUUCUGAUGAUGAAGAACGGCCACAGAUUUCUGAUGAGGAGAAAAUGCAAAAUUCUGAUGAUGAAAGGCCACAGGCCUCAGAUGAAGAACACAGGCAUUCAGAUGAUGAAGAGGAACAGGACCAGAAAUCAGAGUCUGCAAGGGGCAGUGACAGUGAAGAUGAAGUUUUACGGAUGAAACGCAAGAAUGCAAUUGCCUCUGAUUCAGAAGCAGAUAGUGACACUGAGGUACCAAAAGAUAACAGUGGAACCAUGGAUCUAUUUGGAGGUGCAGAUGAUAUAUCUUCAGGAAGUGAUGGUGAAGAUAAACCACCUACUCCAGGACAGCCUGUUGAUGAAAAUGGAUUGCCUCAGGAUCAACAGGAGGAGGAGCCAAUUCCUGAGACCAGAAUAGAAGUAGAAAUACCCAAAGUAAACACUGAUUUAGGAAAUGACUUGUAUUUUGUUAAACUGCCCAACUUUCUCAGUGUAGAGCCCAGACCUUUUGAUCCUCAGUAUUACGAAGAUGAAUUUGAAGAUGAGGAAAUGCUAGACGAAGAAGGUCGAACCAGGUUAAAAUUAAAGGUAGAAAAUACUAUAAGAUGGAGGACACGCCGGGAUGAGGAAGGAAAUGAAAUUAAAGAAAGCAAUGCUCGGAUAGUCAAGUGGUCAGAUGGAAGCAUGUCUCUGCAUUUAGGCAAUGAAGUGUUUGAUGUUUACAAAGCUCCACUGCAGGGAGAUCACAACCAUCUUUUUAUAAGACAAGGUACUGGUCUACAGGGACAAGCUGUUUUUAAAACCAAACUCACAUUCAGACCUCACUCUACAGACAGCGCCACACAUAGGAAGAUGACCCUGUCACUUGCGGAUAGAUGUUCAAAGACACAGAAGAUUAGAAUCUUACCAAUGGCUGGUCGUGAUCCUGAGUGCCAGCGCACUGAAAUGAUUAAGAAAGAAGAAGAACGUUUGAGGGCUUCUAUUCGUAGGGAGUCUCAGCAGCGCCGAAUGAGAGAGAAGCAGCACCAGCGGGGACUGAGUGCUAGUUACCUAGAACCUGAUCGCUAUGACGAGGAGGAGGAAGGCGAGGAGUCCAUCAGCUUGGCUGCCAUUAAAAACCGAUAUAAAGGGGGCAUUCGAGAGGAACGAGCCAGAAUCUAUUCAUCAGACAGUGAUGAGGGAUCAGAAGAAGACAAGGCUCAAAGGUUACUCAAAGCAAAAAAACUGACCAGUGAUGAGGAAGGGGAACCUUCUGGAAAGAGAAAAGCAGAAGAUGAUGAUAAAGCAAAUAAAAAGCAUAAGAAGUACGUGAUCAGUGAUGAAGAGGAAGAAGAUGAUGAUUGAAGAAAAAUGUGAAAACAUUUUAUGUAUUUUUUGUACAGUUUAUUAAAUAUGAUGUAAACAUGAGUUAUUUUGAUUGAAAUGAAUUGAUUUGCUUUUGUGUAAUUUUAAUUGUAAUAAAAAAAAUUUUUAAAGCCAG